AUGCGUUUCACCGUCAAUACUAUCAUCUUCUUCGCGGCUAUGAUCGCAACCACCCACGCUGCGCCCGCCAACUCCACCGUUACCAGAAGUGUAAAAGGAUGGGCCCGAUUCUGUGACGAUGCCAACUGCUCCGUGAACUGCGGGAUUUCUGUCAACGUCGAGAAUCCAGGCUGCCUGAUUGAACGUGGCCGGGGGUCUGUGUUGUAUAACGGACCUUACCUGGGGGGAAUUGCUCUCCUGGCGUCGCCGGGGGAGAGCUGUGGGUGUCAGAGCAGCUGCGUUCCGCACUUUUGGGCGAUCAGUGGUAGCAAUACGUGCCUUAACCUGGAAGACAACCCUGGGAGUUCCUACCGGUUUAUCCAUGGGGGUUGCCCUGCGAACAACUGCGAGUAA